AUGGCAAGGCUCUUUUGGAAACAUGGGGCAAAGGUGGUGAUUGCAGACAUUCAAGAUCAACUACGACAAUCAGUACAAGAUGACAUUGGAACUGAAUAUGCAUCUUAUAUACACUGUGAUGUGUCCAAAGAAACCGAUGUUGAAAAUGCAGUUAACACAACUAUAUCCAAGUGUGGAAAGCUGGACAUAAUGGUGAACAAUGCUGCAAUAGUAAAUGAUGCAAAACCCAACAUUCUUGAAAAUGAUGUGGCUGAUUUUGAGAGUCGUACUAAUGUUAGAAGUAUAAAAAAUAUGUUAAGUGGAGAAGAAAAAUAA